CCUUGUAUAACCGCUGCUGAUAACUAAAUAUCGAUUUUUAUUCUAGGACAGCAAACAUCCCUCUUUAUAACCGAGCAGAGACUGGACACCGAUCCCUUUUCCUCUUGACAGCACACCGGGCUCAUCAUGGUGGCUGGAUUGCGCUGUUGUCCGGUAAUCUUGGCCCUGGUCGCCCUGCUGGGCUCGGUGCUCGGGCUCGGCGAGGACCUCGACCGGCCUCUGUUCGGGCCUCCCGGUUCUCCUAUCCGGCUGCAUGAGUCCGACCCAGGACUGAAGAAGGCUCUGGAGUUCGCCGAGGAUCGAUACAACCGGGGCUCAAACGCGAUGCACCUCCGCAGGGUCAGCCGGUUCAUCUCUGCAACCAAACAGCUGGUUAAGGGAAUCCGCUACACCAUAACAGUGGAAGUUAGUAACACUCAGUGCAAGAAAUCUACUAUGCUCAGGACAUGUGACUUCUAUCCCGAGUCACACAAACUCAAGACGGAGCUGUGCGUGUUCGAAGUGUGGGACAUUCCCUGGCAGGGCACUUCGACUCUGCUCAAACAGAAGUGCCAGCCUAAAGUUGAAGCUCAAGUAGAAGAGACCAACAAAGUGGAGGAUCCAUCCACCAGCCAGCCCCUGGAGGAGUCUGUGGAGCUGUUGGGCCAGUUUAAAGAGUUCAUGGUUAAAUACAAUAAGGUUUACAGCAGCCAGGAGGAGGCAGACCGUCGUUUGCGCAUCUUCCAUGAGAACCUCAAGACUGCUGAGAAGCUCCAGUCUCUGGAUCAAGGUUCAGCUGAAUAUGGAGUCACCAAGUUCAGCGACCUCACUGUGGAAGAGUUUCGUUCUACAUACCUGAAUCCGCUACUGAGCCAAUGGACUCUCCACCGACCAAUGAAACCGGCCUCUCCUGCCCAAGGUCCUGCCCCCGCCAGCUGGGAUUGGCGGGAUAACGGAGCUGUCAGUCCCGUUAAGGACCAGGGUAUGUGUGGAUCCUGCUGGGCCUUUUCUGUGAUAGGGAACAUUGAGGGCCAGUGGUUCCUGAAAAAUGGAACACUGCUGUCACUUUCUGAACAAGAGCUGGUUGACUGUGAUGGGUUGGACCAGGCAUGCAGAGGAGGGCUGCCAUCAAAUGCUUAUGAAGCCAUUGAGAAGCUGGGUGGUGUGGAGACAGAGACUGACUACUCCUACACAGGGCACAAACAGAAGUGCGACUUCACCACAAGGAAAGUGGUGGCCUAUAUCAACAGCUCUGUGGAGCUGCCCAAAGACGAGAAGGAAAUUGCAGCUUGGUUAGCUGAGAAUGGACCAGUCUCUGUUGCUCUGAAUGCCUUUGCAAUGCAGUUCUACAGGAAGGGUGUGUCUCACCCUUUGAAGAUCUUCUGCAACCCCUGGAUGAUCGACCACGCUGUCCUGAUGGUGGGAUACGGAGAACGUAAGAUUUUUUUAAAAAUCCUGUUGUUAACUUCUCUUCGGAACCAAAGGGUUGCAGUCAGGUGCAUUGAAUGGAUGCUUCUGUGUUUUCAGGUAAAGGUAUCCCAUUCUGGGCCAUCAAAAACAGCUGGGGGGAGGAUUAUGGAGAGCAGGGUUACUACUACCUAUACAGGGGGUCCGGUGCAUGUGGGAUCAACAGGAUGUGCUCAUCUGCUGUAAUCAAUUAAACUACUGACCACAUAUACACACAUACACACACCAUCAUGCAACAUAUACCACAGCCGCCAGCUGGCCGCACCUCUACACUACUCAAACGCACAUCUGAUCCAGAAUGCAUGAAGAGUGUCACACUCAGACACACAAAGUCCUGCUGAAGCUACUUCUCCGUUAAACCAGACUAGUGUUCCACCUUCGUACCUACCACCUGCUGACAAGUUACCAAAAACAUACCAUCACUAAAAAAGCUAGAUUUGCUGAGAAAUUUUAUGGUAAUUUUAAAGUAGAUUUUUUUUUUUUGCACAUUUCAUUCCGUUAGACAUGCAGGUGAUAAUGACUGCUGUGUUUUAGACAGUAUUGGUUUUUAAGUCUUCUUCCCUCACAGUAACUGAGAUCAAGCGUUACCUAGACUUCUGUCUUGUCAGUUUUCAUGGAUGUUUUGUUACCAGUGUUCAGUGCUAAUAUUACGUAGUACUUGAGAGGGGGUUUUGAAAGAUGGGGGUUUUUACCUUAUGGUGGUUUGCACAAUAUUACAGAAGUACAGUGCAAUUGUAAUAACUGCUGAUAUAUAGUGAGAAAUGAAUGAAGGUUGAAUAAAAAAAGUGGAAUUCUA